GAUACUAACUACAUGUAUUAGGUUAUGUAUGUAUCUUCCUUCUUACUCGUCACACUCCAGGUAACUAUCAAACUCACCCCGUUGUGUCUUAUUCACACCACUAUAAGCAGCUGGUUUGCUUUUCCUUUCAGAUAAUAUCUAAUAUCUAGGCAUUAUCAUUAUCAUUAUCCUUAUUAUAUUCCUUUACCAUUGUCACCGAUCUUUUUCUUUCUCCAAUCUUCUUUUGUACUGUCGUAGUUGUCCUCCAGACUUGCAGACAUUUGCACACUUAUCUCCUAGCCCUGGCCGGCCGCGCAUCACUUACGAAUCCCCGUUCCACUAUAGCGUUAUUGGCUUUUUCCUUUUGCCUCCUCUUCCGGAUACGGCGGUAUUAAACAGAGUGCGGUACUUACCUUGACGUUUACUGAUAGAUAUUUACUCUCAAUGUUUGGAUUAUAGCGCCUGGUACUGGUUAUCAUCUGCCUUAGACAGGUGGGAUAGAGUUAUCUCGGCACUUCUCUUCAUAUAUCUAUUAUUCUCUUACCGAUCCCGGCGAAACAUUGCUCACUUCACUUCACACGACAUGAAAACGACAACAGCGGCACUUGCCCUCGUAGCAAGCAUAUUUGCGAUUCCGCUAGGCGCCCGUAAUGUACCAAAUACCGCCAGUAAACCCAAGGUGGUAAGCUUAUCUACACAACGAAAAACCAUAUCAAACCCUGUAAAACGAGACCGGUUACGACGGAGAGAUGCGAUUAAGGCAGAACUAGACAAUGAGGAGACGUUAUAUUUCGUGAAUGGCACGUUAGGGACUCCACCGCAGACUGUACGUAUGCACCUGGAUACAGGUAGCAGCGAUCUGUGGGUAAAUACACCCUCUUCGACACUUUGCUCCCAGACGUCUGAGCCCUGCUCUUUUGCCGGAACGUAUUCGGCCAACUCGUCCUCCACCUAUGGGUAUGUUGGGAGCUGGUUUAAUAUUUCUUAUGUCGAUGGCUCGGGAGCCUCGGGAGAUUAUGUUACCGACACAAUAACCAUCGGGGAAACCUCGCUGAGUGAUUUCCAAUUUGGUGUUGGAUACAAGAGUACCUCGGAGCAAGGCAUUCUUGGAAUCGGUUACUCUACCAAUGAAGUGCAGGUUGGAAGGGCAGGUUUGGAGCCGUACGAAAAUCUUCCGAUGAAGAUGGUCUCGUCCGGACUGACCUCGAGAAAUGCCUACAGCCUGUGGCUAAACGAUUUGGAUGCGAAUUUGGGCAGUAUCCUGUUCGGAGGAGUUGACACGGCGCAAUAUACGGGGAGCCUCCAAACCCUUCCCAUCCAAUCUAACAACGGCGUCUUCUCGGAAUUCAUGAUCACCUUAACUUCCUUAACACUAGGCAAUACAACCAUCGCCAGCGACAAGGCCCUUGCAGUUCUUCUCGAUUCGGGGUCCUCGCUAACCUAUUUACCAAACGACAUGGUGGAGGCGAUCUACGACGAUGUCGAGGCGCAAUACGAUACGAACCAGGCCGCCGCGUACGUACCUUGUUCCCUGCAGGACGAGACGGACACAUUGGACUUUGUGUUCUCGGGCGUGAAGAUCUCAGUCGAGAUGAACGAACUGGUCCUCGACUUGGUGACCGCCAACGGUCGACGACCGACGUUCUCGAAUGGCGUAACAGCCUGUCUCUUCGGCAUUGCGCCCGCCGGUAGUGGGACGAACGUGCUCGGUGACACGUUCCUCCGGUCGGCGUACGUGGUGUACGACAUCGAUAACAAUGAGAUCUCCCUCGCGCAGACCAACUUCAACACCACUGAGUCCAACGUCCAGGAGAUUGCCAGCGGCUCCAGCGUCCCCGACGCCACUGCUGUAUCCAACCCCGUUGCUGCGACUGAGGGCAUCGUGCGAGGCACUAGCACUGGAAACGGCAACGCCGGUCUAGGCGAUGACGAAAGCGCCGCUGCUACCAUAGUCGCGAUAGCUUCCAUUCCGAUGCUAUCCAUGGCCUUGCCGCUUGGCGUUGCGGCGCUUUUGUCGGUAUUGUGAAUAAAGAAGAAAAAGAAAAUAGAAUGAAGUAAAAUAAAAUAAGGCUUGGUUGGGCUCCAGCGACGGGGAAAGAAUUUAUAAAAAAUAAGCACUUUUUUUUGAAGAUUUACAUCUAUUAUACCCACAGUUUUAUAUAUUUUUUCUUCUUUUCCCCCUAUCUGCUUAUUCUCGAUUCCUCAGUUGCGGUAUGUGAAAUUAGAGCAUUGUUAGGUGUUGGGAGCGGAUUUGUUUGGGUUGAAUACAACCACAGCAUGAUCUAUAGCUUAGAAUAUUGAAUCACACUUGCAUGUACGACGCCUCAGGGG